AUGUCAAAUCAAGUAAAUUUACAAUUAAGCAACUUGACCAAUGAUUUGAACAAUUAUCCAAUGAUUUUCAUUUCUGGUUCACAUAAUUUAUCUCACAGCUAAAUUAAUAAUAUGAGAACAAAUCUUGAUAAAAAGAUUAAUUACAUUAUAUCUGCAACUUCUACAACUCUUUAAGUCACUAGAUUGGUCUCAUAAACAUUCCAAAUGACAUUAUUAAAUCUUGAAUCUUCAAAAUUAUUCUUAAACGAUUCUACAAUAAAAGAUUCUGAAAAUAGCCUUCUAAAUGCAAUUGGAGUUCAAAGUUAAAAUACAGUUAUAGAGAUACAUAAUACUAUCUUUAGUAAUUUAAUAAAUUCUGAUAUUAAGGACUCAACAUUUGAUGGAAAUUAAGCGGUAACUGUUGCUGGUUCUAUUAACUACUAUUGCUCACCUGAUUCUGAUAAAUAGAGUAAUAUUUUUAAGUCUAACUAUGCCAAAUAUGGAGAAAACUAUGCCUCUUAUGGAUAUGAACUAAAAAUCAUUAGUAAAUAACAAAACUUAGACCUGCAGAACCUUGUUAGUGGCUAAAACUUCCCUUCUGACUUAUUAGUGGGAAUAUAUGAUUAAAAUGGUCAACUAAUUACAAUUGAUAAUGAUAGUGAGGCUACUUUAUUUUCGGAAGAUAUUUCAUUGUAGAUAUCAGGAAAAUGCAUUACAGGGGAAGUAUUACAAAACAAUAAAUGCAUUUUAUGUUUAAAGGGCACUUUUUCUUUGGAUGCUUCAAAAACACAGUGUUAAAGAUGCUUGGACUCAACAACAUGCAAUGGAGGUUCAGAGAUAAAUCUUGAUCAAGGUGUCUGGAGAAGCUCCACUAAUUCAACUCGACUUUAUAAAUGCUCUAACAUUGAUGCAUGCCCGUAAAAUGAUCAUAUUUAUUCAUUAUUUGUAGAGGAGGGUUUGAAUCAAAAUGCAGCAUAGGCUAUAAAGGAAAGCUGUGCUCUUAAUGUGCUGGAAUAGUAAAUGGGACAAUAUAUGCAAGGACAAGUCCUAUAAUUUGCUCUGAAUGCUAACCAAUUCAUAUCCAAGUUCUCUCUUUAAUUGUUCAAUUUUAAGUACUCCAAAGAGAAACAAGCCUCAAACUGUGCUAUUGAGAAUUUUAACAAAUUACUUCUAGAUUAUUAUGCUUGCAAAAGACUUUGA